GCCUCGGCGAGAUCAUCAGAAAACGCGAGCCAAAAGCCAUCGCAAACCCAGGAAGAAACGGUAAGCUGUUGCGCGGCAUGGCUUUCUACCGCGGCAGCGGCAUGGGCAUGGGUAUGGGCAUGGGCAUGGGUGGUGGGUCUUCGUCCUCGUGGGCGCCGGCGGCGAUGCCGCCGCCGCCGCCGCCGCCCAGCAGGCCGUGGACCAAGGCGGAGGACAAGGUGUUCGAGAGCGCGCUGGUGGCGAUCCCGGAGCACGUGCCGAACCGGUGGGCGUUCGUGGCGGCGCAGCUGCCGGGGCGCACGCCGCAGGAGGCCUGGGAGCACUACCAGGCGCUGGUGGCCGACAUCGACCUCAUCGAGCGCGGCCUGGUCGAGCCCCCCGAGUCGUGGGACGACGACGACGACGACGGCGCCGCCGGCGGCGGCGGCACCGUCGCGGCGGGGCGCGGCCGUCCCCGCGGCUCCGGCGGCGAGGAGCGCCGCAAGGGCAUACCCUGGACCGAGGAGGAGCACAGGAUGUUCCUGGAGGGGCUGGAGAAGUACGGGCGCGGGGAUUGGAGGAACAUCUCGCGGUGGUCGGUGAAGACGCGGACGCCGACGCAGGUGGCCAGCCAUGCGCAGAAGUACUUCAUCCGCCAGGCCAACGCCGCCACCCGCGGCGACAGCAAGCGCAAGAGCAUCCACGACAUCACCAACCCGUGAUGCGUCAUCCGUCGUGGACAAGGCACCAAGAAUCCGGUCCGGCCCGAGCCUAGCCGAUACCCGCCGCCCGUCGUCGUCGUCGCCGCCGCCGCCGUCUGCUCUCCCUCGGCCGUCCGCCCGUGCAAAUGUAUGUAGGGGAAAGGCGUGGCUCGGCUGGAACCUGCGAUUCGGAACCAGUAAUCUGUAGUAAACUAGCUGUGUGGUCGAAUAAAUCCUGUCUGUCCUCACCUCUGUCGUGUGUGUGUGGGUGACAUGUCAAGGAAGAAACAGAGUCAGUCAGUCAGUCAGUUCGGAAAGGGUUAUAGCAAUCCACCGCAUGGUUUUUUUUACCGCUUUCCUGUUU